AUGAAUAUACGGCCACCAAGAACCCUUCUUCGCCCGGGCGCCGCUGAUAGUGUUUGCUGGCAAUGUAGCUUGCAGCUAUCUCGAUCCAGGGUACCAACGGCAGCUUCUUCACGAACCUUUGCCCAAAGCUUCGCACCACAGAAUGCCAUUGCUCCGCGGCCUCGCCGCCUAAGACUGGGCUAUUUCUUCGCAAACAGCGCAUUGCCAUUGGCAAAGAAUAUUCGAUCUGGUAGAUAUGCAGCAUCAACGGCAGCGCCACGAAGUCAUGAUGAGGCCCCGACGUCAUCACCAACAACACCCCAUCCUAAUCAAGACCUCCCGCACCGACGACGACAAGCCGCGAAACGAAAAGCCGCACUCGCAGCAGCAGAAGCAGCAGGAAAUACCCCAGGCAACUCUCUUCCCGCCGAAGAUGCCUCGUCGGCCUUGACGACAUCGGCUGCCAACCACUCAGCCAAGUCAUUUCGACGGCAAUUCGCUCUCUACCUCUCGCUUUCGAAGCCGCGACUAUCGAUGCUUGUUGUUCUUACAUCAAUGUCUUCCUAUGCGCUAUAUCCAGUGCCCGACUUUCUUUCGCCGACCAUUGGCGUCGAUGCGCCAUCCUUGUCACCUCUGACGCUCGCCUUCCUCACCACAGGAACGGCUUUAUGCUCGGCUUCGGCAAACGCCCUCAACAUGCUGUACGAGCCCGAUACGGAUGCCAAGAUGUCAAGAACUCGCAACAGACCACUGGUUCGAGGUCUGCUCACACAGCGAAAGGCUGUUGUCUUUGCCAUACUGGCCGCGGCAACAGGAGUCGGUGCACUCUACUUCGGCGUCAACCCGACGGUUGCCGCUCUCGGCGCGACCAAUGUUGUUCUUUAUGCCGGCGUAUAUACACCGAUGAAACGUCUUCACUGGUUGAACACAUGGGUUGGUGCUAUUGUAGGAGGAAUCCCGCCCCUCAUGGGUUGGGCGGCGGCUGCAGGAGAGGCCGCAACAGACACUGGAGGUUUUGAAGAGCUACUCCUCACACGUGAUGCAAUUGGAGGCUGGCUGUUGGCAGGCCUUCUUUUUGCCUGGCAGUUUCCACACUUCAUGGCGCUGUCCUGGUCCAUUCGAGAGGAAUACAAAAUUGCGGGGCACAAGAUGCUCGCUUGGAUCAAUCCUGCACGCAACGGACGAGUAGCUUUGAGGUACAGCCUUGCGUUCUUCCCAAUUUGCUUUGGUCUCUGUGCUGUAGGAGUUACCGAGUGGAGUUUUGCAGUCACCAGUUUGCCUAUAAAUGUAUGGCUCACACGUGAGGCUGUGCGAUUCUGGAAACACGAAGGUUACCAAGGCAGUGCCAGAGGUCUCUUUUGGGCGAGUGUUUGGCAUUUGCCAGUCGUCAUGGUGUUUGCCCUUGUCCAGAAGAAGGGCAUGUGGAGCCGGGUGUGGAGGGCUGUUUUUGGUGAGCCUCUGGUCGAGGAUGAUGAAGACGAGGAUGAAUGGGAGGAUGAGGAGAUUACCGAGACAAUCCCCAAGCCCAAAGAGCUUCGCAUAGGCAGCUAG